AUGACCGUCGGGUUGGCACCAAACGCUGGCGAGUUGCCAACAGUGUUACCAGCUCCAAAACGGGAUUUCAACAAACGAUUCAGUGUACCACGGCAAUUAUCAGAACGUCGGGUUACAAUUCGGCCUUAUGAAAGCUUCAGGGAUCGAAGGGACUCAGAAAUACCGCAGAUAACAUUUGGAUUUGCUGCGCUGAGUACUUACGGAGAAGGAAGAGAAGGAGCUGAAAAUGAAGCUUUAGGUUAG